GUUCCGGGCUGGCCCGAUGUUAGGCCCGGGCAGAAGUUCCAGCAAAAUUUCCCGCGCAAGCAUAUCGCUAGGGCGAGACCAGCGAUCCAGAGAGAGAAUGGAGGUAGAGAGGGUGCGGCUUCUAAGCUUGGCGAUUGAUUUUGGAUUCGACGAGGAGGAAGCCAAAAAGUGCUUGGAUAGGCUCGUUGAUCUGUAUGGUGAGGAUGGUGAAGAAUUUGUCACCGUGGAGCAUUGUGGUGAUGACUUUCUUGCUGCAUUGGCAGACUCUGUUCAAGAGAAUGAGGAUUGGGAUGAUAUUCAGGCUGUUGAAUCUGAAGCUUGUGGAUUUUUGAAUAACAAUUUUGAAGAAGAAUAUGCUAAUAAUGUUGAAGAAGCUGUAGAGAGGGACAUAUCUCAACAUUCCAAGAAACAAAAUCCUUUUAUGCAGUGGAAAUUUGAUAAUUUAGAUAGUUCAAGAUCAUUCACUAAUGCCGAAGAUCCAGACUUGGAGGUAUUGCACCACAAGGAUAUUUUUUUCAGGCAAUCCAUCGAUUUUGAUUUGAAAGUGGGUCAAGCUGAUGGUCAAUGCCCCUUAAAGGAGUCUUUAAAUUCAAAGGCUGGGCGCAAAUGUCAGAAGAAUGAAUCAGCAUCCACUUAUUCUUGCAAGAAUGAACCAGCCAACACCUCAUUGAUGUUUGAAGAUCUGAAGGCAAUGGAUCAGAUUGGAUUGGCUAAUUUUGUUAUUUUUGGCAACAGAACUUUCAGACCUUUGCAGUAUGAAGCCUGUAAAGCUGCAAUGGAAAACAAGGAUUGCUUUGUUCUUAUGCCCACUGGUGGAGGUAAAAGCUUAUGUUAUCAGCUUCCGGCAACUCUUCGUCCUGGCGUUACUGUUGUCAUUUGUCCUCUCCUUUCAUUAAUUCAAGAUCAGGUCUUUACUUUGAAUGUUAAAUAUGGAAUAGCGGCAACCUUUCUGAAUUCGCAGCAAACUACUUCAGAAUCAUUGGCAGUAAUUCAGGAACUUAGAAAAGAGCGGCCAUCAUGCAAACUAUUGUAUGUUACACCAGAAAGGAUAGCUGGAAAUAUGUCAUUCAUGGAUACCCUGAGAUGUCUACACCAGAAGGGUCUUCUUGCAAGAUUUGUAAUUGAUGAAGCACAUUGUGUUAGCCAAUGGGGACAUGAUUUUCGACCAGACUAUCGAGAACUCAGCUGCCUCAAACAGAACUUUCCUAGAGUAUCUCUCAUGGCACUAACUGCAACUGCCACUCACUCUGUUCAGAAGGACAUUUUAAGCACAUUAAGGAUUCCUGGUGCUGUUGUUCUCGAGGCAAGCUUUGAUAGGCCUAAGCUGAAGUAUGAAGUUGUUGGAAAGUGCAAAGAUUCAUUGAAACAACUUGGACAAAUGAUAAAAGACCGUUUCAAUAAUAUGUGCGGGAUCGUAUAUUGUCUUUCCAAAAGCGAAUGUGUUGAGGUUUCAAAUUACUUGAAUCAGAAAUGUAAGAUAAGAACUGUUUAUUAUCAUGCUGGUUUGGCGGCUCGUCAGAGAGUUACUGUUCAAAAGAAAUGGCAGAGUGGAGAGGCUUAUGUCGUCUGUGCUACUGUUGCAUUUGGAAUGGGAAUCGACAAAGCGGAUGUUAGGUUUGUGAUUCACAAUACUUUGUCGAAAUCAAUUGAGAGCUAUUACCAAGAAUCAGGGAGGGCUGGAAGGGAUGAUCUUCCUGCAGCUUGUGUUGUACUGUACCAGAAGAAAGAUUUCAGUAGGGUUGUCUGCAUGAUUAGGAGCGGGCAGGGCUUCAAAAGCGAGAGCUUUAAGACAGCCAUGAUCCAGGCAAAGAAAAUGCAAGAAUAUUGCGAGUUAAAGACAGAGUGCCGGAGACGAAUGCUUUUGGGGCACUUUGGGGAGUCUAUUGACAGGAAUUGCUGCAAAUUCGGUCCCAGUCCUUGUGAUAACUGCCUGAAGUUGCCAGCCUGACUUAUUUAAAUUUACUCGACCGUUGAGGACACAGGAAAAGCAGAUGGGGAGAGGAAGAGAACUAACUUGUGGAGAUGGCUUUCGAGGUAUCUCACAUGGAGAAAUUAUUACGUACGGAAUAUGUAUCUAGCUUCAUGUUGAGUA